AUGAAUGUUAGAUAUAGGUUUGAUUUGAAUGUUUCUCUUAAUCUUCAAGAAACUUCAUCAAAUGUAACAGGUGAAGUUUUGCAUGGAGAAAAUAUAUUUCAGGAAGAAGAAACAAGUGAUAGAGCAGCCCUCGUCACAAAUGCAAGACAUAACCCUUUUGAUUUUGAUUUAAACAACCCUCCAGGUUUUGACUUAAAUGAAGCUCCUUCUCCAGAGCCUCCUACACCUCCUCAUAUACAAGGUGAUCGAGGCACAACAAAAGCAGUUGCAAAUGAGUUCUCUGUGACAAUGCGUACGGUUCAAAGAAUUUGGAAACGGGCCAGGGAGACUUCUAUCAACGGGAUGGUUGAUGUGUCACAUCUUAAAGCAAAAAAUUGUGGUCGUAAAAGAGUACAAGUUGAUCUUGAGCAACUUAAAACUGUUCCUUUGUCUAAGCGGACAACCAUCCGUUCCACUGCAUAUGCCAUCAAAGUCUCCAAAUCAACACUGCACAGGGAGACUUACUACCUUUUUACUGAUGAAGAGGAGCCUUACCGAACAUGUAAAAGUAAAAACUUUGUCAUGAAAGUCAUGUUUUUGGCUGCGGUAGCGAGACCACGGUUUGACAUACAUGGAAAAGAAAUUUUUUCAGGUAAAAUCGGAAUAUAUCCUUUUGUUACUAGAGAGCCAGCCAGGAGGAGUAGCGUUAAUAGAGCUGCAGGUACUCUUGAAACAAAAGCCAUGACUUCAGUUGGAAGGGACAUAAUAAGAUCAUAUAUGAUCGACAAAGUUCUACCGGAUAUCCGAGCAAAAUGGCCAGAUGGAAAUAGGGUGACAAUAUACAUUCAACAAGACAAUGCACGGACACAUCUUGAUCCAAAUGAUGCACAGUUCUGUCAAGCGGCCUCACAGUAUGGGUUUGAUAUUCGUUUGAUGUGUCAACCAUCAAACUCUCCUGAUCUAAACAUCUUAGACCUUGGGUUUUUUAAUGCCAUUCAAUCAUUGCUAUAUAAGGAGAGUCCAAAAACCAUUGAUGAGCUUAUUGAUGCAGUUGAAAGAUCAUAUCAGGCAUAUCCUCCAAGAAUUUUGAACAGAAUAUUUUGCACCUUACAGACAUGCAUGAUAAAAAUUCUGAAAGGUCGAGGUUUUAACAAGUAUAGCAUACCUCAUAUUAAGAAAAACAUUUUGGAGAGACAAGGCAGGCUUCCUAAACAGAUGAGAUGUGACGCUCAACUCAUUCAAAGUGUAAUUCUCUGGUUAAGCUCAAGUAGUUAA